GGUCAGGGGCGGGGCCUGCAGCGGAGCUCUGCUCUAAGCGCUGCCGCCACGGAAGCAGCGCUGGCGGGGAGCUGUGCAGAGGGCGCAGGUUGCUACGGCUUGGGUGCCGAACGUUAAUAAAAGUAUCCAUGGAGAACACUGAAAACUCAGUGGAUUCAAAAUCCAUUAAAACCUUGGAGACAAAUAUCUUCCAUGGAAGCAAAUCAAUGGACUCUGGACUACCCUUAGACAAUAGUUAUAAAAUGGAUUAUCCUGAAAUGGGUUUAUGUUUAAUAAUUAAUAUUAAGAACUUUCAUAAAAGUACUGGAAUGGCAUGUCGGUCUGGUACAGAUGUAGACGCAGCAAACCUCAGGGAAACGUUCACGAACUUGAAAUACGAAGUCAGAAAUAAAAAUGAUCUUACAUGUGAAGAAAUUUUGAAAUUAAUGUACAAUGUUUCUAAAGAAGAUCAUAGCAAAAGGAGCAGUUUCAUUUGUGUGCUUCUAAGCCAUGGUGAAGAAGGAGUGAUUUAUGGAACAGAUGGGGCUGUUGAUCUGAAAAAAUUAACAAGCUUCUUCAGAGGGGACAGUUGUAGAAGCCUAACCGGAAAACCCAAACUUUUCAUUAUUCAGGCCUGCCGAGGCACAGAGCUGGACUGUGGGAUUGAGACAGACAGUGGCGUUGAGGACGACAUGGCCUGUCAGAAAAUACCCAUUGAGGCCGACUUCUUGUAUGCAUACUCCACAGCACCUGGUUACUAUUCCUGGAGAAAUUCAAAGGAUGGAUCCUGGUUCAUCCAGUCACUUUGUGCAAUGCUGAAACAGUACGCUGACAAACUUGAGCUGAUGCACAUUCUUACUCGGGUUAACCGAAAGGUAGCAAUAGAGUUUGAGUCUUUUUCCAUUGACUCUGCUUUUCAUGCAAAGAAACAGAUUCCAUGUAUUGUGUCCAUGCUCACAAAAGAACUCUAUUUUUAAUAACUAAAGAAAUGGGUGCUUUUUUUUUAAUUUGUAUGUGAAAUGAGCAAAUGGUGUAACUGAUACUGUAUUUUCCUCUCUCAUUUAAAUCUCAUCUGACCCUCCAGGUGAUACUUUGAGAUAUGCCACUUUCAUAGCAAUAGAACUAUUAUGGCGCUACCUCAAACAGAGUCAAGUAGUUGAAAUUGAAUUUAAUUAGGAAUAUAAAUAAAAGUGGGUAGUGAUAUAAUCAUUAUGAGAGGAAAUGAUUGUAAAUUAACAGCCUCAUAAUCAAGUUUUAGUGAUGAUGCGAUGCUACAAAUUUUCAGGGAAUCGUGGAAGAAGUUAAACAUUGCAGAAAUGAAUUGCAAUGAUGUCGAUAUGCCCUCAUUUCAGAGUAUGUGUUCUGGUUUUUGUCAAACUAUAGAAAUAAUGAUGUGGAAUAUAUAUAUAAUCACACCAUGGAACCUGGGGGUCUGUGGGCAUGGUCAAGGGCUUGAUCUUAGAAUUAGUAUUUGGAGAUAAGAAAAUGGUGUGUUGAUUUUUGUUGUUGUUGUUGUUUGUUGUUGUUUGUUUUUUAUCUUUUUAUGAAGGUGCUGGGGAUUGAACCCAGGACCUUGGGCAAGCUAAGCCUGCACUCUGCCACUGAGCUACAUACACACCCACCCACCCCCCUCCCUGAGAAGGAUACUCUUUUAUCACUUAUCUGAGUGUGUGGUUUUGUGAUGUCUGUUCUGAGCAUAUCUUUGUUGGUUUUAAUGAAAAAAAAGUUUAAUAUUGGAAAAGGAACUAAAUGUUUUACUGAGGUAAAGUGGGAGCAAACUAAGGUGACUUUUAAGGUUAAAUGCAACAUUAACAGAGGCAGACAGAGUUAGAAGUAUAAGGUGCUAAAACGCAGCUCACCCACCAGCCGCUGGGCCUCACAUACCAGCAGCACAUCUGAGGGGUGCUUCUGUCAAAGCUUCCAACUUGGAUCAACACAGAGCAGCGUGAAUUGAAGAAAUUCUUCGGGAACUUACUGCAACUUACAGAAUAAACACUGAGGUGUAAGGAAGAAACAGCAAAUCAAUCAGCGGGACACCCCAAAUUAGAAGAUGGUUUGAACCUGAACGGAGCACAGCGCACGCAGCCUGCGUGAUGACGGCAGAGACAUAGACUAUGGCUUCAGGAGGCUAGUUUCCUCCUGCGUGAGGAUGCCCCCAAGGCAGGAAGCUCCAAAAAGCAAAGUGAAUCAAACUUCCGAAAUGGAAAUUUUCCAAAGAUGGUGAGAGUCAUGAUACAAACCAUAGCACUCUUUGUAGUAAAAUCUUUUGAGCAUAAGUGAGAGCCUGUUGAUGUUUACAAUCGAAGGAGACACUGUUAUGAUCACAUACUGUUCUCUGAAAUGAAAGGACCAUGGUACACGGGACUUUAGAAUUCAUUGCGUCUUCCCUCCUUUGGUGCCUGGGGAAACUGAAGGCCAGAGAGGAGAUGCUGCUGGGACCAAGCCGCUAAGGCCAGGCUCCCAGCUGCCUCGCUCAGGGGGGAUGUCAGCCGUCCCUACGUCGCUGUAUCCCACUGGUUUUCAAUCUUGACUUUCCCCACGAGCUUCCUUUUGCUCAAAGAAAGAAACACACAUUUAUAAAUGACACCUAUUUGUUUUGACUACAGCUGUAACUUUUUGUAAAUGAAGUGUGUAAUUGUACCUUGGGGUAUGUUAUGUGUGACAAUUUUGUAAAAAAUGUAUGUCAAAAUACAAAUUUUAACUUAGAAUUGC